AUGGCCAAGACUGCCAUCUCCCCCACCCGCUCCGAAAACUACCCCGAGUGGUACCAGCAGGUCGUUAAGGCGGCCGACCUGGCUGAGAACUCGGACGUGCGGGGCUGCAUGGUCAUCAAGCCGUGGGGGUACGCCCUGUGGGAGAACAUCCAGCGGCGGCUCGACACACGCUUCAAGGAGACGGGGCACGACAACGCCUACUUCCCGCUCUUCAUCCCGAUGAGCUUCCUGGAGAAGGAGGCCGAGCACGUCGAGGGGUUCGCCAAGGAGUGCGCCGUGGUGACGCACCACCGCCUCGAGCCGAACGGCAAGGGCGGCUUGCAGCCGGCGCCGAGCGCGAAGCUUGAGGAGCCGCUGAUCGUCCGGCCCACCAGCGAGACGAUCAUCGGCGCAACGUUCGCGCGGUGGGUGCAGAGCUACCGCGACCUGCCGAUCCUCAUCAACCAAUGGGCGAACGUCGUGCGCUGGGAGCUGCGGACGCGGAUGUUCCUCCGCACGGCCGAGUUCCUUUGGCAAGAAGGCCACACGGUCCACGCGACCGCUGAGGAGGCGCAGGAAGAGACGCGCAAGAUGCUCGACGUGUACGCCGAGUUCGCCGAGGGGGCGAUGGCGAUGCCGGUCAUCAAAGGCGAGAAGACGGCCGGCGAGCGGUUCCCCGGCGCGGCGGCGACCUACUCGAUCGAGGCGAUGAUGCAGGACCGCAAAGCCCUGCAAGCGGGCACGAGCCACUUCCUCGGCCAGAACUUCGCCAAGGCGCAAGAGAUCAAGUUCCAGAACCAGGCCGGUGAGUUCCAGUACGCCUGGACCACCAGCUGGGGUGUUAGCACGCGGCUCGUUGGCGGCCUGAUCAUGUCGCACGCCGAUGACGAUGGUUUGAUCUGCCCGCCGAAGCUCGCGCCGGCGCACGCCGUGAUUCUGCCGAUCUUCAAGAACGAUGAGGAGCGCGCCGCGGUGCUGCCUUACUGCGAGUCGCUCAAGAACGAACUGUCCACCCAGGAGUACGACGGCGAGAAGUUGCGGGUGCGGAUCGAUACCCGCGACCUGCGUGGCGGCGAGAAGAAGUGGCAGUGGGUGAAGCGUGGCGUGCCGCAGCGCGUCGAGGUCGGCCCGCGCGACGUGGCCUCGGCGAGCGUCUUCGCCGCCUCACGGCUGAUGGAGAAGGGUGUCGGCGUCGAGCGGGCUAAGUUCGUCGCCGACGCGCCGAAGAUGCUCGGCGAGUUGCAGCAGCAGCUGUUCGAUCGGGCGAAGCGGGCCCGCGACGAGGCGUCGGUCGUGAUCGACACGCUGGCCGACUUCGAAGCGUUCUUCGCCGAGGGCCAGCCGGGCGGCCUCGCCUACGCCCACUUCACCGACGGCCCCGAGAUGGAAGCCAAGUGCAAAGCGCUGAAGGUGACGCCGCGCUGCGUGCCGCUGGAGCCGCUGCUGGGGGACGACGGCGCGGGCGAGUGCCUCUUCACCGGCGGGCGGAGCGUCGGCAAGGUCGAGACCGACUUCGCGCCGCCGCCGCGCAAAGGGGAGCUGCCGCCGACCGCCCUGUCGGGUCCUUUCAAAGUCUAUGACGGGCCGGUUGCGACGGUCGAUAAGGAGCUCUACGACUUCGGCACGAUGCAGCGCGGCGUCACCAAGUCGCACGAGUUUGUCUUCACCAACACGGGCACAGCGCCGCUGACGCUCGAGGUGGGCCGCACGACGUGCAAGUGCACGCUCGGCGAGGUUUCGGACAAGCCGCUGGCGCCGGGCGAGUCGUCGCCGGUGCGGCUGGAGUGGGUCGCCAAGUCGCUCCCCGGGGAGUUCCGCCAAGAGGCGACGAUCCUCACCAACGAUCCCCGUAAGCCGACCGUGAAUCUGUCGGUCGUCGGUCUGAUCACCGAGACCUCGGGCCUGACGCCCGAAGAGUUCUUGCUGGGGCGGGUCUCGGCCGACCAAGAGUCCACCGCGGCGGUCUACCUGACGACUUACGAGAAGGACAGCGAUCCGAUCCUCGUCGAAGCGGCGGCGGACCCGCAAUCGCCGCAGGCCGACAAGUACGAGUUCGAGGUGGUGCCGGUCGAGGCCGAGGACCUGCCGCUCGAACGCGCCGUGGCGGGCGUCAAGUUGGUGGUUAAGGCGAAGCCGGGCCUGCCGAUCGGCCACAUCACCGAGUGGGUGUCGGUGAAGACCAACCUGCACGACGGCGUCCCCAAGGGGGACAAGCUCGACGGCGACACGCUGCAGGUGCCGCUGUUCGCGGUCGUCGAAGGGGACGUCUCGGUGCGCGGGGCACACUGGUCGAAGGAACGCGACUUCCUGAACUUCGGCUCGGUCGCCAGCCGCACCGGCGCGGAGGAGAACUUGUUCCUGUCGUUCAAGGGGGACAACGCCGCGACGACCCGCGCCGAGGUGCUCUCGACCGACCCCGAAUGGCUCGAAGUGGAGCUGGGCGAGCCGAAAGUGAUUCGUGAGGGGGUCGCCCAUCAGCCGAUGAAGGUGCGUAUCCCCCCGAAUCGGCCCGCCGAGAUCCGUAGCGGCGCCGGCGCCGACGACGGGGGGCAGGGCGAGGGAGACGCCCACAUCCGCCUCAAGACCAACAACCCCAGCACGCCUGAGCUCGACGUUAGG